AUGUCUAAAAAUACAGCUUCAAUGGAAGCCGUUGUUCGGCUAAUGAAAAAACCAAGCAACAUUAGAAAUAUGUCAGUUAUCGCCCACGUGGACCACGGGAAGAGUACUCUCACAGACACACUGGUUGUCAAAGCAGGGUCUCUCUCUGCAGAGAAGUCAGGAUCGCGAUUCACCGACACCAGACAGGAUGAACAGGAAAGAGGAAUCACCAUCAAAUCAACUGCCAUUUCCAUGCAGUUCAAGCUGAAGAAAGACUCAUUUGACACCUUCAUGGAGAAGAAAACAGACGAGAACCACUUCUUGAUCAACUUAAUCGACUCCCCAGGACACGUGGACUUCAGUUCCGAAGUGACAGCAGCCCUCAGAGUGACUGACGGAGCCCUCGUCGUGGUGGACUGCAUCGAAGGAAUCUGUGUGCAGACCGAGACAGUGCUCAGACAGGCAAUCAUUGAGAAGAUCAAGCCCGUGCUGUGUCUCAACAAGAUCGAUAGAGCUCUCCUCGAGCUGAGAGAGGCUCCUUCUGAGUUUGCAAAGUCUCUGCGUAACACAGUGGAAAGCUUCAAUGCCACCCUCUCCAAGUUCCUCAUGGACGAAGACAAGUCAUCAAACAUCAAGCAGCUCAACCCUGCAGACUUGGAAGUGUCCUUCUGCUCUGGCCUCCAGGGCUGGGGAUUCACCCUCAGACAGUUCGCAGAGUUCUUCUCCGCCAAGUUUGACAUGGUGGGAAAGCCCGCAAUGAUCGAUGCUUUCCAGAAGUGUCUCUGGAAGGUGGACAGAUACUGCACAUCCGCAGACCCCUUUGACCCCGAGUGCAAGAUCCUCAAGAAGAAGAAGAAUGGCCCAGAGAUAAACCCAGAGCUCCACCCAUUCGUUGUCUUUGUGCUCAACCCAAUCUACAAAGUGCGCGAUCUGUGCUUCGCAACAAAGAAGCAGGAGCUCAAAGAGUACCUCAAGCAGUUUGGCGUUACCUUCGGGUCUAAAGAGCUCGAAGAGAUCACAGCAGACAAGGCCCUGUUCAAACACGUGAUGCGCAAGUGGCUCCCAGCAGCAGACUGCCUCCUCGAGCAGAUCGUCAUCAACCUCCCCUCCCCCGCAGAAAGCCAGGUAUACAGAGCUGACUCCCUCUACGAAGGACCAAAGGAUGACGAGUUCUGCACAGCCAUCAAGAAGACAGCAGCAGACGAAGAUGCUCCAGUUAUGAUGUACGUCUCCAAGAUGAUACCCCAGGGCUCAGGCAGAUUCAUUGCCUUUGGAAGAGUCUUCUCCGGAGUCAUCAAGCCAGGAAUGCCCCUGUACGUCCAGGGACCAGACUACGAGCCAGGAAAAGGAAAGGAGCUCAAGGCCCGCGUGGUCACAAAGGUCCUCCUGAUGAUGGGCCGCACUGUAGAAGAAGUCAACGCAUGCCCUGCAGGAAACAUCGUGGGAGUCCUUGGAGUAGACGCAGAGAUCCAGAAGACUGCCACUCUCUCCAGCGCGCGCGGAUCCUUCAACAUCAAGACAAUGAAGUUCAGCGUGUCUCCUGUCGUGAGAUACUCCAUCUUCCCCAAGAACACGUGCGAUCUCCCCAAGCUUAAGGAAGGCCUCACUAAGCUCGCACAGGUGGACUCUCUCUGCCAGGUGCAGUACAUGAAGUCCGGAGAAAUCGUCAUUGCAGGCGCAGGAGAGAUGCACGUGGAGAUAUGCAUCAACGACCUUGAGAAAGACCACGCAAAGGUCCCCAUCAUCCGCGGCGAGCCCCAGGUCUCGUACUUCGAGAGCAUUUCGCAGAGCGUCACAUCAAUUGCCAUGUCCAAGAGUGCCAACAAGCACAACAAGGUGUACAUGGUCAUUGAGCCCCUGGGUGAAGAGAUCACAGCAGCCAUCAAAGACGGUGAGCUCAUCUCCAACGACCCCAAGGCCCGUGUGGAGCUCUUCAAGAACAAGUUUGGAGCUGCAGACGAGUGGGUGAAGAGAGUGCUCUGCUACUCCCCUGAUGACGUAGGGCCCAACGUGAUUGUGGACUCCUCCAAGGGCGUGCAGAACCUGCACGAAGUCAAAGAGUUCCUGAAGAUGGGGCUUGACUCCGCAGUGAAAGAGGGGCCUGUGAUUGGCGAGCCUCUGCAGGGGCUCAGACUCGACCUCAUGGAUCUGACUCUCCACGCUGAUGCCAUCCACAGAGGCGCAGGGCAGCUUAUCCCCACAAUGAGCAGGCUCGCAGUGGGCCUUGUGCUCGCAGCCACCCCCAUUCUCUACGAGCCCAUUUUCCUCGCUGAGAUAUCCCUGCAGGACAGCAUGAUCGACGCCGCAAUGCAGGUUGUGAAGGGCCGUAGAGGAGAGAUCGUGGAUGCAAUCUACAACAACCACAAGUCUGUCCUUAAGGCGUACGUUCCUGUGCAGAGAUCAUUCAACCUGAACAAAGAGCUCAUGGAGAGCACUGGCGGGGGCGCAAGCAUCAACCUUGUGCUUUCGCACUACGCGAUUGUUCCGGGAGCGCUGGACAAGGAGGGCACCCCGAUGUUUGAGAUCGUCAAGCAGAUUAGAGCCAAGAGAGGCCUUGGCGAGCUGAAAGACCCGUCUGAGUACUUCUGCAAGGAGUAG